AAAUUCAAUAAUUUGUCCCUUUCUUCUUCUCUUCUCACACACAGCUCUCUUCUCCUCUACUCCACUGCUGCAUUUGCCGGCGACGAAACCCUAAAUCAAUCGCAGCCCAACGCCGCGGAGAAAUCCUAAUUCAAUCAUGGCGGCGGACGACCCGGCGGUUAUCUACCUGCACGGAGAUCUGGAGCUCCACGUCCUCGAGGCGCGCUCGCUCCCCAACAUGGACCUCUUCUCCGAGCGCCUCCGCCGCUGCUUCGCCCCCUGCGGAACCGCCUCCGACGGCGAAGUCUACGCCAGCGGCGGCAGCAAGGCCAGCAGCCGCCACGACCGGAAGCUGCACCACCACCGGAAGAUCAUCACCAGCGACCCCUACGUCACCGUCUCCGUUCCCCAGGCCACACUCGCCCGCACGCGCGUCAUCUCCAACUCGCAGAACCCUAAGUGGAACGAGCGCUUCCACAUCCCCUUAGCCCACCCCUUCGCCAAUCUCGAGAUCCGAGUCAAGGACAACGACGUCUUCGGCGCCGACACCAUGGGGAAGAUCCUCAUCCCCGCGGCGGAGAUCGCCACCGGCGACGAGCUCUGCCAAUGGUACCCCCUCAUUGGCGCGUCGGGGAAACCGCCCAAACCCGACUCCGCGCUGCAUCUUAAAAUGAAAUUCACUCCGUGUGAUAAAAAUCCGCUGUACAAGCACGGCGUCGCCGGCGAUCCCAGCCAUGGAGGGGUUAGGCACACUUAUUUCCCUCUCCGGAAAGGGAGCGCCGUCACUCUGUAUCAGGACGCUCAUGUGUUUCCAGACAAAAUGCCCAAAAUCGAGCUAGACGAGGGCUCAAUUCGGCAGCACGCCACUUGUUGGGAGGAUAUAUGCUAUGCCGUCGCCGAGGCGCACCAUUUGAUAUACAUUACAGGAUGGUCUGUUUUCCAUAAAGUUAGGCUGAUUAGAGAGCCCACCAAACCCUUGCCACGAGGUGGCGAUCUGAUGCUUGGAGACCUGUUGAAGUAUAAGUCUCAGGAAGGAGUUCGAGUUCUGCUGCUGGUUUGGGAUGAUAAGACUUCGCAUGAUAAAUUCCUCAUCAACACGACAGGUGUGAUGGCAACUCAUGAUGAAGAGACAAAGAAGUUUUUUAAGCAUUCAUCUGUAAUUUGUGUUCUGUCACCACGUUAUGGGAGCAGUAAACUUAGCUUUAUUAAACAGCAGGUAGUUGGAAACGUGUUUACACACCAUCAGAAAUGUGUUCUUGUUGAUACUCAAGCACCUGGAAAUAAUCGAAAAGUUACUGCCUUUAUAGGAGGUCUUGAUCUGUGUGAUGGUCGGUAUGAUACACCUGACCAUCGACUAUUCCGUGAUCUUGACACUUGUUUUAAGGAUGAUUUUCAUCAGCCUACGUUUCCGGCAGGAAUGCAAGCUCCAAGGCAGCCAUGGCAUGAUUUGCACUGCAAAAUUGAUGGACCUGCUGCAUAUGAUGUUCUUAUAAAUUUCGCCCAACGUUGGCGCAAAUCAACCAAGUGGAGAGAAUUUAGUAUACUGAAGAAAAAGAUGUCCAAUUGGGAUGAUGAUGCCAUGAUAAAAAUUGAGCGAAUAUCAUGGAUAUUAAGCCCUGCCCUUACCGUAACUAAGGAUGGAACUUACAGGUAUUCUCAGGAGGAUGAUCCCAAGCUAUAUGUGUCUAGAGAAGAACACCCUGAAAAUUGGCAUGUUCAGAUAUUCAGGUCCAUUGAUUCAGGGUCACUCAAAGGCUUUCCCAAAUUCUAUGAUGAAGCUGAGGAACAGAACCUUAUUUGCUCCAAGAAUAUGGUGAUCGACAAAAGCAUUCAAACAGCAUAUAUUCAGGCAAUAAGAUCUGCUCAGCAUUUUAUCUAUAUUGAAAAUCAAUAUUUUCUUGGUUCUUCAUAUGCUUGGCCUUCAUACAAAGAUGCAGGGGCUGAUCAUCUAAUCCCUAUGGAGUUGGCUUUGAAAAUUGCUAGUAAAAUAAGAGCUAACGAGAGAUUCGCCGUGUACAUUAUUAUACCAAUGUGGCCCGAGGGAAAUCCCAAGGACAAUGUUGUGCAAGAAAUUUUGUUCUGGCAGGGACAAACAAUGCAGAUGAUGUAUCAAGUUAUUGCAAAAGAGAUCAAAUCAAUGAAACUCGAUGCACAUCCACUAGACUAUUUGAAUUUCUACUGCAUUGGAAACCGGGAACAGGUUACAGGUCCUGGUGCUGCCUCAGCGGAUGCUGCUAAGAUUUCGGAGGCACAAAAGUUUCAGCGGUUCAUGAUUUAUGUGCAUGCCAAAGGAAUGGUGGUGGAUGACGAGUAUGUAAUAAUAGGAUCUGCCAAUAUAAAUCAGAGAUCAAUGGCUGGCUCAAAAGACACAGAGAUAGCAAUGGGUGGAUAUCAACCUCAUCAUACUUGGGCAAAGAAGCAAAAUCAUCCACAUGGCCAGGUUUAUGGAUAUAGAAUGUCGCUAUGGGCAGAGCAUCUUGGUAUGGUCGAAAAAGUUUACAACACGCCAGAGGAUUUGGAUUGUGUGAGGAGAGUGAACGAGGUUGCUGAUGAUAAUUGGCAGAGAUACACCUGCGACGAAUUUAAAGAGCUGCAAGGUCAUAUUCUCAAGUAUCCGGUGGCAGUUGAUGCAGAUGGCAACGUAAAUCCGAUGAAAGGACAUGAGAACUUCCCUGACGUCGGGGGCAGGGUUCUGGGAGCCCAUUCUCCCACCAUUCCCGAUAUCUUGACAACGUGAUGCCAACCGUGUGUGUGUACGGACCUUGAAUCAACUGGUGUUUGUGUUUAUGUAGAAAUUGAUUGUUUGCAUUUAUUUGUAUUGAAUCAGGGAGUAUAUAAGUAUUGGAUUUGGGUUUGUAAAUUUAUUGUAUUCAUGUGUGAAUAUGUUUGUAUAUGGAGAGAUCGGGCUGCAGAUUGUGAUUGUAAAAUGUGUGGUUUAUGAGCAAAUGAAAUGAGAUUCAGGGACUUGGGAGUAA